UUGGAGUUCAUUUUUGGCUUUUGCUUUGGUUUUUCUAAUUAAUUCCCCUUUUUUGGGGGUGUUACAAUCGCACAAAGUGAGAAUAAGGAAAAAAAAAAAAACAAAUUGCAUGAGGGGCCCAUGGAAGACACCAGGGAUCUGAGUUCAUGAAAUCUGAGACCAAAAAUCUGCUACCUCUGGACAUUCCCAAAAGGUGUAAAAAAAGUGCUAUAAAAGUAGUGCCAUGGAGCAGAAUGGACAUAAAAGGACUGAACACACUCCACGUCCAGACAGGAAGAGACGGGACUCUUUCGGCAUGUUUGAUGGAUAUGACAGCUGCAGUGAGGACUCCAGCAGCAGCUCCAGCUCGGAGGACAGUGAAGAAGAGGUGCCCUCCAUCCCUGCCAGCCUUCCCAUCAUUAAGAACAAUGGCCAGGUGUACACCUACCCUGAUGGAAAAGCUGGAAUGGCUACGUGUGAAAUGUGCGGUAUGGUGGGUGUAAGAGACGCAUUUUACUCUAAAACCAAGAGAUUUUGCAGUGUCUCUUGUUCCCGAAGCUACUCUUCAAAUUCUAAAAAAGCCAGUAUCCUGGCCAGACUCCAGGGUAAGCCACCAACAAAGAAGGCAAAAGUCUUACAGAAACAGCCUCUUAUGGCAAAGUUGGCAGCAUAUGCUCAGUACCAAGCAAAUCAACAGAACCAAGCAAAAUCAAAAACUGUGGUUCCUGUCGAGGGCUUUGACUGGGGUCAUUAUGUCAGCAGCAAUAACUUGGUUGGAGCACCGGUUAGCUGUUUCAAGCAUGUCCCCAUGGGAACAUGCUGGGGUGACAUUGCUGAAGGGGUGAGGGUCGAGGUUCCCAACACGGACAGCAGUGUCCCAACAAAAGUUUACUGGAUAGCAUCUAUCAUCAAGCUGGCAGGUUUUAAGGCACUCCUCCGGUACGAAGGCUUUGAUGACGAUUCCAGCCGGGACUUCUGGUGUAACCUCUGUGUCCCAGAAAUCCACCCCGUAGGCUGGUGUGCGUCCAGCGGGAAGCCCCUUGUACCUCCCAAAUCCAUUCAGCAUAAGUGCACAAACUGGAAAUCUUUCCUAGUGACUCGCCUUACUGGAGCAAAAACACUUCCACCUGACUUUUCCACAAAGGUUCAGGAGAGCAUGCAGUACCCAAUCAAAAAGCUAAUGCGUGUGGAAGUGGUGGACAAGACACACCUCUGUCGAACACGGGUGGCCCUGGUGGAGCAGGUGAUUGGAGGGCGGCUACGCCUGGUGUAUGAGGAAAGCGAAGAUGGCACUGAUGACUUCUGGUGCCACAUGUACAGCCCACUUAUUCACUGCAUCGGUUGGUCUCGCAGCAUCGGCCACCGCUUCAAGAGAUCUGAUGUGUCAAAGAAAAUUGAAGGUCAAGUAGAUGCUGCUCCUCAUCUGUUUUUGAAGGUGAAGGAUGUCGACCAAAGUGGAGAGUGGUUCAAAGACGGGAUGAAGCUAGAGGCAAUUGACCCUCUAAAUCUCUCAGCUAUAUGUGUAGCUACUGUAAGAAAGGUCUUGGCAGAUGGGUACCUCAUGAUUGGGAUCGAUGGCUCAGAAGCAGCGGAUGGCUCAGAUUGGUUCUGCUACCACGCCACAUCGCCAUCUAUUUUCCCUGCUGGCUUCUGUGAAAUUAAUGACAUCGAGCUCACCCCACCUCGAGGUUAUACUAAACUCCAAUUCAAAUGGUUUGACUACCUCAGGGAAACGGGUUCAAUAGCAGCUCCAGUGAAGCUCUUUAACAAGGAGGUUCCGAACCACGGUUUCCGCCCAGGAAUGAAGCUGGAAGCCGUUGACCUAAUGGAGCCGCGGCUGGUGUGUGUCGCCACAGUGACGCGCAUUGUGCACAGGCUGCUACGCAUCCAUUUCGAUGGCUGGGAGGACGAGUAUGACCAGUGGGUGGACUGCGAGUCUCCGGACCUCUAUCCCGUAGGCUGGUGUCAGCUGACAGGGUAUCAGUUGCAACCUCCAGCCGCACAGACUGCCAGAGAGGUUACAACCAAUGUGACAAAACAGAAAAAGAAGACACCACAGUAUAAAGGACAAAAGAAAAAGAGGAAGAUUCCAGUUGGGAGGCGCCCGAUGAGUUUGUCGAGCGUGGCAGGCAUGAUGAGGAGGAGCUUCUCGGGUGAUGAAGAGCUGACUCCACCCCUUUACCCGUCCCAUCCCGCACAGGCGGCAGCCCCGGGGCCCACACCACCCCCCACCACUAGUGGGGAGCUCUGCCCCAGCCUCAAAUCAGUGGCUUCGCUACAGCUGAAGGAGGAAGCGGCCGAGCCAGAAGAGCUCACAGGUUUGCAAGGCAUCUCGGAUCAGGAGAGCAACGGCCCUGGCAGCUACUACGUCAAACAAGAACCGUGAGACAGCAAGUGGGGACUUUUGACAAAAGCGAAAGCCUUAAACACUGUCUAGUCUGACCAGCACUUGGAAAUCAGUUAAGGGAGGGAGGGAUGCACAGCGGGUUCUUACGCAGUUGUUUAUUCAGUAAGAAAAGACACAAACAGCAACAUUUA